CCCAACACAACUGGAGACAAACCCUAACCCUAAUUCCCAAUUAACAAAACCUUCAUUUGCAUCGCAGGCGCUCAUCACAGAGCCUCUCCUCACGCGUAGAUAGACGCAUUUUGCAGAUCACCGUCGAACAUGCCGUUCAAGAGGUACGUGGAGAUCGGAAGAGUGGCCCUCGUCAACUACGGCAAGGACUAUGGAAAGCUCGUCGUAAUCGUUGAUGUCAUCGACCAGAAUCGGGCUCUUGUAGAUGCCCCCGAUAUGGUAAGAAGCCAGAUGAACUUCAAGAGACUUUCUCUUACGGAUAUCAAGAUUGAUAUCAAAAGGGUCCCGAAGAAGAAGACUCUGAUAGCUGCUAUGGAAGCUGCUGAUGUCAAGGGAAAAUGGGAAAAGAGCUCUUGGGGUAGGAAACUCAUUGUUCAAAAGAGAAGGGCCACCCUCAAUGACUUCGACCGGUUCAAGCUGAUGCUCGCAAAAAUCAAGAAGGCUGGUGUUGUCAGACAGGAGCUUGCGAAGCUUAAGAAACAGACUGCAGCCUGAGAUAGUACAACUUUGUCGAACGUAGUAUUUUUCGAAAGUUGUACCAAGAUUAUUAUCAUCCAGAUUUGUUUCUACCUGAAUUUUGUUGUUCUUCAGCUCCGUAUAAACAGGAGAAUACUCUAAUUUUACCUAUUUGCUGUUGGAUUUGCCUCUGGCAUUUUAUGAUUCGAAAUUUCGAGUACUUGUCCAAAACUUUGUUGUUAUGGUUGAUAUUUUUCUUAAUCAAGUUGAACUUAUUCUAUGUUGAUAAUCUUUCAAGUAGUCUACACAGCAUUAUAUAACAUGGG